AUGUCGCAGCUCGCGAGCAGGGCUUCCAAAGGCCUCGGCCGGGUCGCCGUCAGGUCCAAAGUCUCCCUUACCGGCAGCCGGUCUGCUCGGUCAUACUCUUCCAACAACAAUGUCAAGAACAGCUUCAAGGGCCAGUUGACCGAAAGUGUCACGCAGCGCCUGGAGCGUGAGCAGGCCGAGCGCAUUCGCAUGGCCGCCUACCGCGAUUCGCGUGCUGGCUGGAACAACUUCUCCCUCACUGGCCUCCUCAUCCUCACGGCCGGUCUGGGCUGGCUCGUGGGCACCCAGUAUCCCAGGGGCGACAUCUCCCCUGAUUCUACCCUCCCUCUCGCCAAGACCACUCCCCCAAGACACGACACCGGCAAGGCCAACCUUGAGGCUGCCUGGGCCGACUUUGCGAAGAUUGUCGGCGAAGAGAAUGUCAGCACCGCCGGCUACGAUCUUGAGGAGCACUCCAACUCGGAUUGGUCCUCCCACCAGUCCGAUGCCUCCCACAAGCCCUUCUGCAUCGUCUACCCCUCCAGCACCGAGGAGGUGUCCGAGAUCAUGAAGGUGUGCCACUCCCGCGCCAUCCCCGUUGUCGGCUACAGCGGCGGUACCUCGCUCGAGGGCCACUUCACCCCGACCCGCGGCGGCAUCUGCGUCGACUUCCGCCGCAUGAACAAGGUUCUGGCUCUGCACAAGGAGGAUCUCGACGUGGUCGUCCAGCCCGCCGUCGGCUGGCAGGACCUCAACGAGGACCUGGCCAAGGACAACCUUUUCUUCCCUCCGGACCCGGGCCCGGGCGCCCAGAUCGGCGGCAUGAUCGGCACCGGCUGCAGCGGCACCAACGCCUACCGCUACGGCACCAUGCGCGAGUGGGUUCUGUCCCUGACCGUCGUCCUCGCUGACGGCACCGUCAUCAAGACCCGCCAGCGCCCCCGCAAGUCAUCCGCCGGCUACGACCUGACCAAGCUCUUCAUCGGUUCCGAGGGCACCCUCGGUCUCGUCACUGAAGCCACCCUCAAGCUCACCGUCAAGCCCGCCUCCGAGUCCGUCGCCGUCGCCAGCUUCAAGUCCAUCCGCGAGGCCGCUUCGUGCGUCGCCUCCGUCGUCGCCAACGGUGUACCCGUCGCCGCUGUCGAGAUCCUCGAUGACGACCAGAUGCGCAUCAUCAACCAGGCCGGCGUCACCACGCGGCGGUGGAAGGAGGCGCCCACCAUCUUCUUCAAGUUCAGCGGCACCCCCAGCGGCGUCAAGGAGCAGGUCGCCAUCGUGCAGCAGCUCUCCAAGCAGACGGGCGGCCAGUCCUUCGAGUUUGCCAAGAACAACGACGAGCAGGCCGAGCUCUGGAGCGCGCGCAAGGAGGCUCUGUGGAGUACCUUCAGCAUCAAGAAGCCCGACGACCACCUCUGGACCGGCGAUGUUGCCGUGCCCAUGAGCAGGCUUCCCGACAUCAUUGAGCUGACCAAGGACGACCUGAAGAAGAGUGGGCUGAAGAGCUCCAUUGUCGGCCACGUCGGCGAUGGCAACUUCCAUAUUCUUCUGCUUUACAAUGACCGGGAGAGAAAGCUGGCUGAGGACUGCGUCCACCGUAUGGUGAAGCGCGCGGUGGAGAUGGAGGGCACCGUUACUGGUGAGCACGGUGUCGGUCUCGUCAAGCGUGAUUAUCUCCCCCACGAGCUGGGUGAGACUACGGUUGAUACCAUGAGAAAGAUCAAGCUGGCCCUUGACCCCAAGUGCAUCCUCAACUGCGACAAGGUCGUUCGCAUGCAGAAGCCUGAGGCCGGCGAGGUUCAGGAGUGGUAA